AUGUCUGCAGACGAAACAGAUGCGAAAUGUCAUCCUUUAGAAACAGAUCUGCAAUCUGAAGCAGCGACAGCAGGUUCUCAAAGUCCCUCUCUCCAGAGUAAACCUAUGGAGAUGGAUUUGGAUAUCGAUAAGGAUAAAAUGUCUUCCCAAAGAGGUGUAGACCAACAGGUUGCAAGUGAAGACGAUAUGUUUUUGUUUAACAGGUUGCGAGCACCUCAAAACAGGGUUAUGGAAUCCAUAGAAUCACAGCAACAACCACAGUAUACACCAUCCAGUGGUAGUACAUCGGAGCCCUCUGCUGACUUCACAAAUUUUUCUGCGGUAACAACUUUAUCGUCUGCUCCGCAUCAGCAACAACAGCAGCAGCAGCAAUUGGUCGUGCAAGCCCAAUACACACAAAAUCAAUCAAGCUUGAAUAACGAUGCCCUAGAAAAUACUAUGGGAGAGCAACCUUUUUACGUUAAUGCCAAACAGUACUAUCGAAUUUUGAAACGGCGAUAUGCUAGAGCUAAGCUAGAGGAAAAGCUACGAAUAUCAAGAGAACGAAAACCGUACUUACACGAGUCUCGACAUAAACAUGCAAUGCGAAGACCUCGUGGUGAAGGUGGAAGGUUCUUGACAGCCGCUGAGAUCAAAGCCAUGAAAUUGAAUAAAAGCGGGGCCAGUGAUAAUCCUGAAGAUAGCCACGAGCACAACAAAAUCACUACUAAAAUAAUACAAGAACAGCCACAUACCACUUCCACUGCAGCAGCAGCAGCAGCAGCAGCAGACAAAAAAACAUAA